AUGACCUGUGCCACGUGCCGCGGGUUCCAACCAGUCGACCCGAGCAGGCCAGACGGCAACGCGGGGGGUAGGGGUGCUGCUAACGGUGGCGACGCCACAAGUGGCCACGAGGAUGACGAUGACGAUGACUAUGAAGACGACGACGACGACGACAAUGAUGGCGAUCGGAGCGGGCGGCACAGUGUAUCGGCGCGGAGAACGCGGCGCGGGACGAGACACGGCGCGAGCAGCGGGGAUCCCCACGACUCGGAUUCCUCAGACUCGGAUCACUCCCAUGGCAGCGACGACGACCGGAGGCGUCAUUUUGGUGGGACGUCUUCGGGCAGGCGCAGACACCACAGGCGGCACAGGCACGUGGGCGGCGGCGGCGAUGAGGCUCAGCUGCGGGAUGAGUCGGAGUGGGUAUUGACUGGGCUGGGGGUCGUGCUGUAUUUCUUUGGCUGGUUCUCUAUUGUGGCUUUGUUUGUUGUGAUUGUAGCAUUUUAG